UUCAAAAUCAUUUGAAAAGCAAAAUUGCCCUCUCGACUUUUCCUCAAAAAACAAGAGGACAAAGCAACCACUAAUAAUCCCCUCACCAACCCUCGUCUCCUCCUCUUUCCCAGCCCCGCAAUCCACCCGGCGCGCCCCACCGUCGCCGGCGGCGCGGAGCACCGUCUUCUCCCCGGCAUCCUCCAGGGCGGAGCGCUGGAGAUCCGACUCCGCUCGGUUCCUUCUCGCGUCGGACAUAAUGGCGGAUAUCCAGUUAGGAUGUUACACUAUAAAGUCCCAUGGAGCCAAAGUGGCAAGACUCCACAUGUAUGACUGGAUAAUACUUCUCCUCCUUGCUGUCAUAGAUGGACUGUUGAAUAUAAUUGAGCCUUUUCACCGCUUCAUUGGGAAGGACAUGAUGACUGACUUGAGAUAUCCAUUAAAGGGCAAUACUGUGCCCUUUUGGGCUGUUCCGCUCAUUGGAAUUGUCUUGCCAUGUGUCAUCUUUGGUGGAAUUUACUUCAAGAAGAAGAAUAUCUAUGAUUUGCACCAUGGCAUACUGGGUAUUCUUUAUUCGGUGCUCAUAACUGCGGUGAUUACUGAUGCAAUUAAGGAUGGAGUUGGCCGACCACGUCCUGAUUUCUUCUGGCGCUGUUUCCCAGAUGGAAAGGAUCUUUAUGAUAAUGUCACUACUGGUGUUCUGUGCCAUGGAGAGAAGAGUGUCAUCAAAGAAGGUCACAAAAGCUUCCCAAGUGGACACUCAUCAUGGUCUUUUGCCGGCCUAGGCUUCCUUACGUGGUACUUGACUGGGAAAAUCGCAGUUUUUGACCGUAAAGGUCAUAUUGCAAAGCUUUGUAUUAUUGUUCUGCCUCUACUUACUGCUGCACUUGUUGCUGUUUCUCGAGUGGAUGACUACUGGCAUCACUGGCAAGAUGUGGUUGCAGGAGCUGUUUUAGGUCUCACAGUGGCUUCAUUUUGCUACCUGCAAUUUUUCCCAUACCCUUAUGAUGCAGAUGGACUGUGGCCUCACGCAUACACCCUCCAGCUAGCCGAGGCGCGCAACAGCGGCAUUGCAAACUCCUUCAGUGUGCGACCACCCACGGAGACCGAAGAAGGGGAAGGUCAGGGCGGGAUCGCCCUAAGAGACACGAGUCCUAUUCUCGACACCAUGGAGUCUGGCAGGAGAUACGGAAACUAGGAGGACCGGAUCAGACGACUACCCAAAGUACCAUGAUCGUCCUGACCUUCUUCAUGGGCUUGUUUCCGAUGCACAUGGCAGGGGAGAGCAGCUGUUUUCUCAUGCACAGUUUGGUGUAUUGUAGAGCUGUCGUUUCGUCAACCUCUGUAUGGGUUUUCAGUGUUUAAUAGAGGUUUGGUUUGUGUUAACUGGAUAGUUAGCCUCGUAAGGAUCAGCUGUACAUUACCUAGUGGAGUGCUUCGUCGUCCACGCCGGUGAACAUGUUGCAUUAUUUCUUGCUCUCUCUGCCCCCUGAGCCCCUGAGGAUGGUUGUUGAUCUUCUUGCUCUUGAGCAAGCAGUAUGUAUACAUGGUUGACUACUUGACUUGUUA